CAUCAUUGAAAGAGAAGAUAGUCCGAGUGAGUGUUUGAGAGAGAAUAACUGAAAACAUUUAGGCUGAAAGGGGAGGGACUGCCUAGUCCUUUUUCAAACAAGUUUGUGGAGAAACUUGGAGAAGCUCUUUGGCUGCUUGGAAGAAGAGGCAAGGGGCUAUGUUAAGUGAGAGAGCAGCUCGGAGGCAGGGGUAGGGGUGCAAAACCGAAGGAGAAAGGGGAUAAAUGACAUUUUGAUCUAAAGGAAAUCAUGCGAGUGAAUGCUGCCUCAUCCAGUGUCAGAUUUCACAAAAUGAAAAACCAGUGCAAGAGCACUUCUACAGGGCUCAUCCAGCUGAGAAAGGGCAGGGGAAAAAUACAGCGAAUGGAGGAUGCUUUUCUUCUGGUUCAUUUUCAUGCCAGCCAGGAUGCCAGCUGCUAGCACAAUGACUGGUGGGAGGGCCCUGCUGCUCUGUACCAACACUGACAACUGUAUCUACCAAUCAGUCAACGGGCUCCAGUGCUGCGGCUUGAAGGUUGAGGCUCAGUCUGUGGUCCCCCAGCGGCCAGACGUGGUGUGCGGUGACAGGGACACCUCCAAGCGGCCCCUCUCUCCCCUGGUUUCCUCUCUGGACGGACCAGGCACCAUUGACACAAUGCUCACACACAAAAGAACCACCUCGGACCCCCGUACCACCAUGGAGAAUGGACUGGGCGGCUGUAGCAAACUCAACAAGACCCCGGCGGGUCUGAAGACCAGUGCCAGCAUCCGGGACAAGAUCUCCCAAUGGGAGGGAAAGAAGGAGACCGCCCCUACCUCUUCUACCUCCCCUGUAGUUGGAAGUGGUCUAUGCCCACUGAACACAGCACAGAAGGAACCAGAGACUGUGCGAAAGAAGGAGACCACCAAUACCUCAGAGGUCCACAGGUCCGACAGUAAGUGGUUGGCCAGCUGGGAUAGGCAGGACUCUGGGAAGGAGAACUCAGGAAAGCUGGGGGAUUUACGGCCUAAGUCUCCUGAGGGCCCCACUACCAGGGACAGAGAGGUGAUACUGGAUAGAGGACCCCUUAGAGGCAGUAGUAAAUCCACUGAGACAGCUAAGGACAAGAAGUCUGUUUUGACUCACAUUAAGAAACUGGAGCAGGCAAUGAAAGAGGGUUCCACCAAGCCCUCCUUGGUGUUGCCUGGGAACUAUUUCUGCCCCCCUUCCCAGGAGGAGCAGGAGGGGGCGGAGAGGAAGGGGAACGAGCCCAUAUUUGGGACGCUGGAAGUUGCGGGGUCAACGCGCCGGCGGAGGUCAGGUGACCCUGAGAACGUGUACACUGAGCCUGGUGCUGCCAGUCCAUCUAUCAACCCCUUACCCAAACCCCAGCGCACCUUCCAGCACCACACCCCACCCAGCACCCCCGCCUCAGGCCUGGGCCUUGGCAAGGGGAGACGUAACCUGCCCCCUCUGCCCUCCAUCCCCCCGCCUCCCCUACCCACCUGCCCCCCUCCAGGAGUCUGCAGAAGACCCUGGGCAGAGAGAACCAGAGACAGCAGCAAUAGGAAGUCCUAUGAGUUUGAGGAUCUGCUGCAGUCGUCGUCAGAGAGCAGCAGGGUGGACUGGUACGCUCAGUCACGACUUGGCCUCACACGCACUUUAUCAGAGGAGAAUGUCUACGAGGAUAUCCUAGACCCUCCGUCAAAGGAGAACCCUUACGAAGAUAUAGAGUUGGAGAGAAGUUGCCUUGGAAACAAGUGCUCUUUACCCAUCUCCUCCCCGUCAUGCCCAGUCCCCGACACACCAACCAAGCUCUCCUCAAAGCCAGUUUUCUUCAGGCAGAACUCAGAACGUCGCAGCUUCAAGCUCCUGGACCCGCGCAAGGCCAACCGGGACACCGGCAUUUCCUCACCCUCCCGCAUCAGCCCCCCCUCCACCCCCAGUAGCCCUGACGACACCCCAAACCUCUCAGGAGACCCUUACAACCGCAGGCGCAGGAAGAUCCCCAGGAUGGUGCUGAAGAUCAACAGCAUCUUUGAAGCAAGGAGAGGGAAGAAACGCAUGAAGAGGGUGUCUCAGUCUACUGAGUCCAACUCAGGGAGAGUGACAGAUGAGAACAGUGAGUCGGAGAGUGACACAGAGGAGAAAUUGAAAGUUCACAGCCAGCGUCUGUCGUCAGUGCAGUCCAUGUUGAGGCAGACGGGGCGGUACCGGACACUGGAGAGGGACCUACAGGAAAGGAAGCUGUUUGAGUACUUCAUAGUGGUGGCCCUCCAUAAGACCAAGGCUGGAGCUCCUUACCUACCAGAGGUCACUCAGCAGUUCCCCCUAAAGCUGGAGAGAAGCUUCAAGUUCAUGCGGGAAACAGAGGACCAACUGAAGGUCAUCCCCCAGUUCUGUUUCCCUGACGCUAGGGACUGGGCCCCCGUUGACAACUUCCCAAGUGAAACGUUCUCCUUCGUCCUGACCGGUGAGGACGGGAGCAGACGGUUUGGAUACUGUCGUCGUUUACUGCCCACUGGGAAAAGCCGGAGGCUUCCAGAGGUCUACUGCAUCGUCAGUCGGCUGGGCUGUUUCGACCUCUUCUCCAAGAUCCUGGAUGAGGUGGAGAAGAGGAGGGCCAUCUCUCCAGCCCUUGUGCAGCCCUUCAUGAGGGGCAUCAUGGAGGCUCCAUUCCCAGCCCCGGGAAGAACCAUCACUGUCAAGAACUUCCUGCCUGGCUCAGGCACUGAGGUGAUAGAGCUGUGUCGUCCGUCUGACUCUCGUCUGGAGCAUGUAGAUUUUGAGUGUCUGUUCUCCUCUCUGUCGCUGCGUCUGCUCCUCAGAGUCUUUGCCUCUCUGCUUCUGGAGCGCAGGGUCCUCUUCACCGCUGACAAACUCAGUACUCUGUCUCAGUGCUGCCAUGCGGUGGUUGCUCUACUUUACCCUUUCACCUGGCAACACACCUACAUCCCCGUGCUGCCCCCUGCCAUGCUGGACAUAGUGUGUACCCCCACACCCUUCAUUGUGGGUCUGCUAUCCAGCUCCCUGCCCAGUCUCAAAGAGCUGCCCAUAGAGGAGGUCCUGGUGGUCGACCUCGGCAACAGCCGCUUCCUCAGACAGCUGGAUGACGAGGACUCCAUUCUGCCUCAUAAGCUGCAGGCUGCUCUGGAACAUGUUCUGGACAAGAGGAAGGAACUGGCCAGUGAGAUGCCCACCGACUCAAGCUCCCUCAGUACCGUGGUGUCGGAGGCCUUUGUAUGUUUCUUCGUAGAAAUGGUGGGCCACUACCCUCUCUUCAUGGGCGGAGGGGAUCGAGAGGAUGAGUCUGGAGCCCCCUCCUCCCCCACGCCAUCCUACUUUCAGCGCGAGGCCUUUCGCAAGGCUGUCACCUCAAAGAGUCUGAAAAGGUUCCUGGAGGUCUUCAUGGAGACCCAGAUGUUCGCUGGGUUCGUCGCAGAGAGAGAGCAGCGCAGGCAGGGUCUAAGAGGUCUGUUUGAGGUGAGGUCACAAGACUACCUGGACUCUCUCCCAGGGAGCGAGCAACGUGGGGUCAACAAAUUCCUCAAGGGUCUAGGAAAUAAGAUGAAAUUCUUGUCCAAGAAAUGAUGCCUCGGGAAGGAACUCCAUGAGAGAGAGAGCAUGUUCAAGAGAGGUAGAGGAACAAACCACUUCGCCUAAAGAAGUCCAAGGACCUGAACUCCCUGUGGAAUGCAUGGAGUAGGGGAUUCUGUGUGUCCACAAGCUUAUGGACACAUACUGGGCAAGGACUGAACAGUCCCUGGUUUAGGAAUCGGACCAAGAAACAUGAAUAUUGUCCUAGCCUGAAGACACAGACCCAUUAAGGAACAUCGUUCUCCAUUGAGGUUACUGAGUGUCUUUCCGUUGCCUCUAUUGUGGAGAGCUUACUUUUGUGAAGCGGUCAGUCUUUAUAGUGUACAUUGAUGUACUGUAUAGCACAGCCGAUUUCCCUUCCUAGAGUUGGUAUAUAGAGGGUCCUCCCUCUAUGUCACUCAGAAAUGACUGACUCCACCCUCGAUCCCGAAAGGCACCAAUGAGAACUUGAGGAUGUUGCUGGGUGGCUUAAGAAUAAUUCAAUUUUGUACAGUAGCUUUUAAACAUUCCACAUAUUUCUUUUGUCUUUAAAAAAAAUAGUACAACUUCUUUGUUAACAGGAGGCUUAUACGUUAAUUUAUACUGUAUAGUUUCUAGAAUAACUUUCUCUUCCUUUUUUUCUCCUUCAAAUGAAAGCAAAAAAAAUCUCCUGUAGUUUGUGAUGGACUUUAUGUAGUCUGAUCAGACGAUCGAUUGUAGAGCACUCUAGGUUACUAUUGAGGAAAUGUACCACUGUGAUAGGAGAGUGAACUAUGGAAUGGACUGGGUGUACGCCAAAAAGAGGAAAAGGAGAGGGGAAUGAUCAGAAAAUCAUUCCUGGAUGAAGGCAAAAAUGAAUCGAGUGGGUGAAGUGUGAAAUCAGAUCUCAUGAAAAGAGCCAUGUUUAAGAUGGACUUAAUGUUGUAGAAAAAUAUGUUCAGUAUGUACGACCAAUCAAUAUAUGUCAAUCUAAAACACCACUAGUUUCACUAUAAACUUGUAUUAUUUUUAAUUAAGAAAUACCCUAAGUUUAUUUGAUUGUGUUUGAUCUUGCAGAGGAUGUUAUAGACAAACAGCUAUCACAAUGUUAUAAACUGCUUAUUCAAAUAUGUUAUGUGUUUUAUAGGUCACAUAAUUGUUUUCAUUUUAACAGACAUGCAAAAGGUUACUGACUUGAUUUCAGAUGGAACUGUACAAUGCACAACUGAAACCUUACCUGUUAGGUAAUUACCUAUAUGAUCCACUGGAGGGCGCUCUAUUAUCUAUUUAAUUCAAACCUGACAGGCUCCAGUUGUUCAGAGUCCAGUUAACCGUCAGUGCUCAAGGUAUUAUGCUUUCUGUAAAGAUGAAUUGCACAAUCGAUUUUCCACGUUUGCUAUAAAUAAAUAACUAAUGAUA